AUGAAAAGGAAAAGACAGAAAGAGGCGGAAGGCUUGAGGUGUACAGACAGGGUCACUUGCGUGCUCGGAGGUGGGGAGCGGUGUACAGACACCCCAGAUCUAUUCAGGCUCCCACGCAGCAAACAAGACAACCAACCCCAGCAGCAGCAGCAGCAGCAGCAGCAGCAGCAGCAAAAGCCGCUGCUGCAUCUCACUCCCCACCGCAGCAGCAGCACCGACUGCUUCUGCUGCGACGAGAGCAUCAGCAACAUCGAAAGAGCAGCCUCAGCAACAGCAACAGCAGCAGCAACAGCAGCAGCAGCAGCAGCAGCAGCAGCAGCAGCAGCAGCAGCACGGCCAAUGCCGAGCAGCAACAUCCACAACAAUGGGGGCCCCCUCAGCUCUGCUGACUGCCCCUUGCCUCCAGCGCAUUCUAAUCCAGGGGGCCCCUCCAGCCGUCCUGGGGGCCCCUCGCAGCAGCAGGAAGGGGCCUCCCAGCAGCAGCAGCAGCAGCAGCAGCAGCAGCAGCAGCAGCAGCAACAGCCAGGGGGCCCCCGGGGGCCCCCUGCAACAAGUGGGGGGUUUCAUAGAGAGGCAAGAGUGCCUCUGAGGCCCGUAGAGAAUUUUCAUUUGAGUAAUAAGUCGAGACACAGACAUCAUCAGCCGCUGAAGCAAAAGCAGCAGCAGCAGCAGCAGCAGCAGCAGCAGCAACUGCAGCAGCAGCAAGGUGGCCAUCAUGACGAGAAAACGAAGGACGCAGAGCUAAAAGAGCAGCAGCAGCAGCAGCAGCAGGAAGAAGGUGGCACGAGGGUCAAGAGGAAGCAGAACGCAGCAACAAUGAAGGCAGCAGCAGCAGCAGCAGCAGCAGCAGCGGGAACAGCUGCAAGUGAAGUACCAGCAGCAGCAGCUGCUGCUGCAGCAGCAGCAGCAGCAACAGCAGCAGCUGCAACCGCAAAGGGCCCACCCCCUCUUCUAUCAACGACUAAGAAGCCCCGGAGGCGUCCAAUGGCUGGGGGCCCCCCAGGGGGGCCCCCCCAAGGGGGGCCCCCAGGGGCCCCCCCAGGGGCGGCUUCAGGGGGCCCCCAGGGGGGCCCCCAGGGGGGUCUCCAGGGGGGCCCCCAAGGGGGCCCCCAAGGGGGCCCCCCGAAUUACCCUUUUCGCGUAAGCCUUGCUGCUUAUGGGCAAUCUGGAGGCUCCCUGAAGGGCCCCCCUGGGGGCCCCCUAGGGGGCCCCCCAGGGGGCCCCCUUGGGGGCCCCCCAGGGGGCCCUGCGGUGACAGGGGCCCCUGGGGCUGCUGCUGCCUCGAGCAGCGAGGACGAGAGCGCUGAACCCGCUGCUGCAGCCGAAGUCCCUCUGGAUCCCGCCACAGCAGCAGCAGCAGCAGCAGCAGCAGCAGCAGCAGCAGCAGCAGCAGCAGCAGCAGCAGCAGGGGAGAGCGGCGUGCCAGUGUCUCGGGCGCAAGCAGCAGACCCUGGGGCCCCCCUUCCUGCUGCUCCCCUGUCGAUGCGUCCGCCUGCUGCGGGGCCCGCAGGGAGCCCCUCAGCAGCAGCAGCAGCAGCAGCAGCAGCAGCAGCAGCAGCAGCAGCAGCGGGGCCGCUGGUGGUGCUGGUGAAGGACGACGAGGAAAUAUGGAAAGAGUGGGAGGGUUUGAGGCUUUUGGGAGAAGGGGUUUACGGAAGGGUUUACUUGGUGAGAAAUAGAAAAACAAAAGAGACUUUAGCAUUUAAAAGAAUGUACUUGCAUGCGCGGAAGAGAGAGACUUUGUCGCAGCAGCAGCAGCUGCUGCUGCAGCAGCAGCCCGACGCAGCAGCAGCAGCAGCAGCGCGCGGCGGCGGAGCCCUCCCCGCUGUGCUGCAGCGCGAAGUCUCCGUGCUGCGGGCCCUCAAACCCUCGCCAAACGUUAUACCCUUAAUUAGGGUUUACGUUGGCAGCCACAGGGCCUACUUAGGGUUUCCGUUUGUCCAAGGGGGGACCCUUGCGGAUUGUCUGCGCUGCUACGCCUCCUGGGCCGAGUACCUGCGCCUCGCCAGCAGCAGCAGCAGCAGCAGCAGCAGCAGCAGCAGCAGCAGCAGCAGCAGCAGCAGCAGCAGCAGCACAGCCAGCGAGUUGGGGUCCCCGCAGGAGGCCGCGUCGGGUUCGCUGUGCCCCUUAGCGACCUGCAGCUGCUUCUGCCUCUCGGAGCCCCCGCAGCAGCAGCAGCAGCAGCAGCAGCAGCAGCAGCAGCAGCAGCAGCAGGAGAGCUGGGUGUCUGCGGUUUGCUGCUGCCCCUGCGCGCGCUGCGUCCCCCCCUGCGGGCUGCCCCUGGGCCUUUGCAUGCGCAUUGCCUUCGCGCUGCUGCGGGGCCUUUUUGCUGCUCACAAAAGAAGAGUUUGCCACAGAGACAUAAAGCCAGAUAACAUUCUCUUGGGCUGGCAGCAGCUGCCGCAGCAGCCAGCAGCAGCAGCAGCAGCAGCACGCAAACGCAUGCGCAGCCUCCGGGGCCGCGCGCGCGCCCAGCAGCAGCAGCAGCAGCAGCAGGGGGAGCAGCAGGGGGAGCAGGGGGAGCGGGAACUGCUGCAGCAGCAGCAGCUGCAGCAGCUGCAGCAGCUGCUGCUGCUGCAGCAGCAGCAGGAAGCAGCAGCAGCAGAAGACGAACCCGAGGGGCCCCCCGACGAGGCCCCUGCGCCUCCGCCUUUGAUCUCUUCUCUCUUCAUUGCCGACUUCGGACUCGCCAGGACUUUGCCCUUCUUCACCAAAAGGGACUGCAGCAACAAAAACAGUACCCAGGACACGCAGGGGGCCUCGCAGGGGCUCGCCGCGGGGGGGGGCCCCGCGGGAGACCAGGGAUCCCAGGGGGCCCUCGAAGGGGAGGGGGGGCCCCUGGGGGCCCCCCAGGGGGCCCCCCUGGGGGGCCCCCCCGGGUUCCCCCAGGGGAGAGGCGGCGCGCAGCGAGAGUUCGAGUGGAGGCGACAGUGCGUGCUGGUGGAGUGCCUUUGCGGCAGCGAGUUGAUAGAAGGCAGCUGCGAAGUGUCUUGCAUUUUGCACAUUUUGCAAACUUUCGGAACUCCCUCUGAAGAGGACUGGCCCGAGCUCCACAAACUCCCCUUCAUGAGUCGGCUGCUGCCCGUGUUCCCCGCAAGGCCUCUGGCCCUCGAACACUUCUUUGCAGAAAAGGGAAGACUUGAUGUGCUCAGCAGCCCCCAGUGGAUGGAGCUGCUCAACCAGCUGCUUCAAGUAAACCCUGAUCGACGAAUAAGUGCUGCUGAGGCUUUGGCGCUGCCGCUUUUUAAGGACUUGCCUCCUUCAGCUUAUCUUUGA